CGUCUUUAUUAGAACUCAUAUUCUACAUUUAUUUAAUACCAAAUCAUGUGAAGCUUAUGAUCUAGGGUCCCAAAAGUAGGUACAAUGGUGUAUUAAAUAUAACUACAGUUAUUAUUAUAGUUAUAAACUGUCUCUUACAAACUGCAAAUGGGUUUAUAAGUUUCAUGCAAACCAACUCUCUUGUACAUUAAAGUUCACCAUGCCUGCAUCAAAAACUUCCAUAGAACUUCCUGUUUUUGAUGUAUCUAAACCCUUAACCCCAUCUAGCCUUUCCUCCCUAUCAUUAGCCUGUGAAGAAUGGGGUUUCUUUCACAUAAUCAACCAUGGAAUCUCCAAAGAGCUUUACAACAACCUUCGUUUCCUAUCGAAUCAGCUUUUUGAUCUACCGUAUGAACAAAAACUCAAAGCAGGCCCAUCAUCAAACAUAAAAACCUACACUCCUCAUUUCAUUGCCUCCCCUUUUUUUGAGUCCAUUCGUGUUUCCGGGCCUGAUUUCUUUGCAUCAGCCCGUAGCUCCGCUGAAGUGCUGUUGAACCAGCCAACGUCGGAAUUCAGUGAGGUGUUGAGAGAAUAUGGGAUGAAAAUGAGGAGUCUAUCUAAUAAAAUCAUUGAGAUGUUGUUGAUGUCUUUGGGGAAUGAUUUUGAAAAGAAGUUCGAACCCGAGUUUUCUAGCUCCGAAGGGUAUUUGAGGAUUAAUAAUUACUCCCCACCCGAGAUCAUUGAAAAAGACGUUGAAGGGCUCGGUAUGCACACUGACAUGAGCUGUAUAACAAUUGUUUAUCAGGAUGAAAUUGGCGGGCUUCAAGUGAGAUCCAAACAAGGAAAAUGGAUGGAUAUUGAGCCGUGUGCGGAGACACUAGUUGUAAAUAUUGGAGACUUGAUGCAAGCUUGGAGUAAUGGGAAGUUAAGGUCAUCUGAGCAUAGGGUUGUUUUAAAAGAACGGAAAAACCGGUUUUCGCUUGCUUUCUUUUGGUGUUUUGAGGAUAAUAAGGUUGUUUUUGCUCCUGAUGAAGUUGUGGGUGAGAAAGGUUUGAGAGGCUAUAGACCAUUCUUGUGUGGUGAUUACAUGAAAUUUAGAGAAAACAGUGAGAAAGGGAAGUUUGAGAAAGUUGGGUUCACUGUUAAAGAUUUUGCAAGUACUGAAUAUGUGUAAGUACUUGACACACUCAUCAUAUACGGACCCAGAAAUUAUUUGUUGGGGGUGCAGAUGAGAUGUUCAAGCAUAUUUUCAAGGGGUGCGGUCGGGUUCUUUUGCCUAAAAUACACUAAUUUUUUUUUCAAGGGGUGCGGCCGCCCACCCUGGCCAAAGGGUAGGUCCGCCCCUGAUCAUAUAUAUAUCUGGUGCAUGAUUAUAAAUACAGGUAAUAUUAUUAUGAAUUGCAUGGACAUUGUGAAAUUGUGAUUAUUUGUAACAGGUUCUCUAGUAGCAAAGUCAAAGUAGAACUUGUUAUUUUUUUUUUAAAUUUGUUUGUUCAUGUGGACAGUUUGGUUAUAUUUUUCAUGUGCAAAGUGUCCAUUGGAUUUAGUGCCUAUAUUGUUUGUAAAUUCUUCAUGUGUA